AUGUCUGGUAAUAACAUCGAUAUCCACUAUUCAAAUAACGGAUCCGACACCAUGGGUACUGUAGAAAAACUGUUCCAACCUAUUCACCAAAAGACCGAUGACACUGGUUCCAAGGUAACUGUGGUGGGGGCUGGACAAGUUGGAAUGGCAGCAGUGUUCUCCAUGCUCACACAGGGCGUCACCAACAACAUCGCGCUGGUCGACCUCAUGCAAGACAAGCUGAGGGGGGAGAUGAUGGACCUGCAGCACGGCUGCCAGUUCAUGAGCAACGCCAAGGUCCAAGCCAGCACGGAUUACGCGAUAACCGCCGGCUCGAGGGUGUGCGUGGUGACGGCGGGCGUGAGGCAGCGCGAGGGGGAGUCCCGCCUGGACCUGGUGCAGAGGAACACCGACGUGCUCAAGAACAUUAUCCCGCAGUUGGUGAAAUACAGUCCGGAGGCGGUCUUCAUAAUCGCCAGCAACCCGGUGGACAUACUGACGUACGUGACGUGGCGCAUCAGCGGUCUGCCCAAGCACCGCGUGAUCGGCUCCGGCACCAACCUGGACUCGGCCAGGUUCCGCUACCUGCUCUCGGAGAAGCUGGGCAUCGCGCCCACCUCCUGCCACGGCUACAUCAUCGGGGAGCACGGCGACAGUAGCGUGCCGGUGUGGUCGGGCGUGAACAUAGCCGGUGUACGCCUAAGUGACCUAAACCCGCAAAUCGGCACCGAACAUGAUACCGAGAGUUGGCGCCAGCUGCACGAGAUGGUGGUCAAGAGCGCAUACGAGAUCAUCAGGCUGAAGGGCUACACGUCCUGGGCCAUUGGGCUCUCGGUGGCCCAGCUCGUGAGGGCGAUCCUCACCAAUGCCAACAGCGUACAUCCCGUGUCCACUUAUCUCAAGGGCGAGCACGGGAUAAAAGAGGACGUGUUUCUUUCGCUGCCGUGCGUGCUGGGCCACGCCGGCGUCACCGACGUCAUCCGCCAACCGCUCACCGCCGACGAGAGGAAUCAGCUCCAGAAGUCUGCCCAUCUCAUGGACAAGAUUCAAGCCGGCAUCAAGUUC